UUCUGGUUUUUAAAUUGUUGAAAAGUUAAGCUCUGGAUUUUUAACCAGCCCUGUUUUUAGUUUCUUCUUGCAUUAUAAUUUUUCCAUUCGAAAACACGGUGUUUUUAGGCCAUUCCCUGCGAUCGCUGCUAAAAACCAGAGCGAUGACGGUUAUUACGCUUAUCUCGUCCAACAAAUCCUUCGGAGGUUUGCAGAAAAUCUACUCGCACAAGUCCAAGGAGUUAGACUGCGAGAUGAAGUUUGCUAUAUUCCUGCCGCCGGCGGUUGAGGACGGUAGUCGUGUUCCGGUGCUGUAUUGGCUGAGCGGAUUGGAAUGCAACGAGACUAACUUCAUUCAAAAAGCUGGAGCCCAACGUUAUGCUGCGGAAAAGGGACUGAUUGUGGUUUGCCCGGAUACAUCACCUCGUGGUGUCAAUCUACCGGGUGAGGAUGAUUCGUGGGAUUUCGGUAGUGGCGCCGGGUUUUACGUUGAUGCCAGCAAGGAUCCAUGGAGCAAGCACUACAAAAUGUUCAGCUAUGUUUCGCAGGAAUUAAUCGAUGUGAUCAACAAUAAUUUUCCGACCGUCCCGGAAAAGCAGAGCAUUGCUGGACACAGCAUGGGUGGUCAUGGUGCAUUGAUCUGUGCGCUUAAGAAUCCUGGACUGUACAAGUCCGUUUCUGCAUUUGCUCCAAUUGCUAAUCCUACCAACUGCCCGUGGGGAGUGAAAGCCUUCAGUGGUUACUUUGGCGAUGCUGAUAAAGAUGAAUGGAAAAAUUGGGACGCGACUGAGUUGGUUGCCGGCUAUAAUGGACCUCCAUUAGAAUUGUACAUUGAUCAAGGUACCGAAGACACUUUCCUGAAAAAUGGUCAACUUUUACCGAACAAUUUGGUGGAAGCUUGUAAAGCGGCACAGUUCCCGUGCGUUUUGCACAUGCGAGAAGGUUACGAUCAUGGCUAUUUCUACGUUUCCUCCUUCAUUGGGGAGCACAUUGCCUACCACGCUGACCAUUUGAAAUAAGAGCUUGCUGAAGAAAGUUUUCAUUGUAAAGGUUGAAGGUGAUUUUUAUUUGAAUUUGUUGUAUGGUUAUAAACCGAAAGUCUAUUGAGCGAUUAAUAUGUUCUUUUUAUAUUCGUAUCAUUUGUACUGUAGAAAUAAAGAUGCUUAAAAUGC